UACCAGCGAUCGACUAGGUUUGCUUCGCCGCUCGUUUUAGAAAAAAAGAUUUCAUUUUUAGUGAAAGAGGGAAGUGACGAUGGGGAUUUGGAGGAGGAGCGAUGCGGAGGCUGCGGCGGUAGAGGAGCUCCGGAAGGAGGUAAUGCGUCAAACUGGCAGCUCCGUAGGCAACGUGAGGAAGCCGGGGCCGGAUGGCGUCCGGCGGAAGAAGGACGGCGGAGCGGCGAGAGAGGGGCGCGAGGUGUGCGUCACCGGCGGCGUCUCCUUCGUCAGCUCCGCCAUCGUUCAACGCCUCCUCCGCCAGGGAUUCGCCGUUCGCCUUAUCGUGGAGAGCCAAGAGGAGAUGGAUAAGCUCCGCAUGACGGAUGUAAUCCAGCACACCGGCCUACGUCCGGCGAUAGCCGGAAUCAUGGACGUGGAAAGCUUGUGCCAGGCUUUCGACGGCUGCGCCGGCGUCUUCCACACCUCCUCGUCACUAGAUCCCGGCGGCCUCUCUGGCUACUCUAAACAAAUGGUUAACAUGGAGGUACGAGCAGUGGAGCAAGUGAUCAGAGCCUGCGUUAGAACAGAGUCCGUGAGGAAAUGCGUCUUUACCUCCUCUCUUCUGGCUUGUACAUGGCGGCAGAGUGACGGCCGGCGAGGUCCUUCCGUCAUCGACGAGCGUAGCUGGAGUGACGAGAGCCUCUGCCGGGACAAAAAGCUGUGGUUCGCGCUAGGGAAGACGAUGGCAGAGAAGGCAGCUUGGGAAGCUGCUCGAGGGAGCAACCUUCAUCUAGUAACUGUGUGCCCGGCUCUCGUGACCGGCCCGGAAUUCCACCGGCGCAACUCUACCGGAUCCAUCGCUUACCUCAAAAGAUCUCAAGAGAUGUUUGCAGGAGGAUUACUCGCGACGGUCGACUUGGAAACAGUUGCCGAUGCGCACGUAGCGGUCUAUGAAGCCGCCGCCAGCGGGCGAUAUAUCUGCUACGACCAUAUCGUUCAAAGGGUCGAAGAGAUGGAGGAACUGGAGCGGCGACUCGGCUUUCCUUUCAGCCUCGCGGGCGAGACGCCGGCGGCCGGCCCGCCCGCGUCGGAGCUGACGAAUCGGAAGCUUUUCCGGCUGAUGAAUUCAGGGAGGAGGUGUGCUUACGAUGUGUACUCUUUUCUUUCACGAGAACGAUCCUAACCAUUCUUGAAGUGAUCGAUAGGCGGGCGUUGCCGAUGAUAGUUGUUGGGAAUACAAUAAGUCCCAAAAGAUCAUGGUUAAUAAACUAUUUGAUUUAGAUUAAUGAUUAAUUUAAUAUUUAUUUAGAUUUUUUUUUCAAA